UUAUUUUUUAAAAAAAAGUUUUGGGCUUUCCGAUAGUAGUUGUUUCGGUCAAGCCGAGCCGAUCCGAUGACGCGAGCCACUCACACACUGGGGGUUCCCCCAACAACACGCGCCCUUCCCCGGCGACCGUACUGUAUUAUCCCAUUCUUUCGCCUUUGUUUUCCUUCCGCCGUUUCUCUUUCUAUAUCUCUAUCUCUUUCUCUCUCAUCAUUCCUCAACCCUAAUUUCUCUUUUUUCACCGAUGCCGGACUUUCACGAUUCUCUCUCUCCGCCGUCACGUCCUGUCCCUGUCCGUGAGGAUUGCUGGUCUGAGGAAGCUUCUUCCACUCUGGUAGAUGCUUGGGGUCGGCGUUACCUUGAACUCAACCGUGGUAAUCUUCGUCAGAAGGAUUGGCAGGAUGUUGCCGAUGCCGUUAACGCUCUUCAUGGUCAUACGAAGAAAACUCAUCGCACCGAUGUUCAGUGUAAGAAUCGAAUCGAUACGAUUAAGAAGAAGUAUAAGAUCGAGAAAGCUAGGGUUUCGUCUUCCAGUGGUGUUGUUUCUUCGUCUUGGCCUUUUUUCGAACGGUUAGAUGCUUUGGUUGGACCUAAUUUCAAUUCGAAGAAAGCUUCCUCUUCGCCAUCGCCGUCGCCGCCGAUUGCUCUUGCUUUGGUUCCUCAUCGGAAAUUUCCUUCUUCGUCACCUGCUAUUUCUGUGCCUCCGACUGCCGUCGCGCUUCCGCAGAAACGGCCGCUUGCAGCGGUGAUGGAUGAUGGUUAUUUCAGGAGGAAUUAUUCAGCGGUAGCCGCUGCAGCGGCUGCCGCAGAGGCUGAUGAAGACGAGGAGGAAGAUGAAGAAGAGGAAGUUGAGGAGGAAGAGGUGGAGGUAGAGGAAGAAGAAGGGAGGGGAAGCGAAGUCGAUGAAGGGGAUAAAGGGAGGGAAGGGAUGAAGAGGUUGGCGAAGGCUAUAGAGAGAUUUGGUGAAAUGUAUGAGAGAGUGGAGGGACAGAAACUGAGGCAGAUGGUGGAUUUGGAGAAACAAAGGAUGCAGUUUGCUAAAGAUAUUGAAGUGCAGAGAAUGCAGAUGUUUAUGGAUACGCAAGUUCAGCUGGAGAGAAUCAAGCGUGGAAAACGAUCUGGGUCUAAUGAUAUAUAUAAUAGCUAGCCAAGUGGGGAAUGGUUCGAUGAUGGCGCUUGGAACUCUGUCUUGCUUUGGUUUAUAAUCAUGAGAAAGUACAUAUCUGCAGCUGAUACUGUCCCGAGGGAAUCUCUAAAUAGAAAUUUGUGGAAGAGUAAUUUUGGAUUCAUUUAGCUAGCUUUUAAUUUUGUUAUUAGCCCUUAUAAAUUAAUUCUGCAACUGUACUAAAAGCCUAAUUCGGGCUCCCACAUAGAAUUUGCUCCAAUGUAUAACUCUUCUAUGUC